AUGGACAUGCAGCACCAGACUCACAGAGAGCCGCCAUCCUUCAUUUUCACCAGAAGCACCCGCAUAUGGGAAUUGCUGGCUGGAGAUAUCGCUGCUGCCGCUGUCUCUGCCACUUUGGUCGCUCCCACAGUGACCAUCAUCGACAGAGCAAUCGUUGAAAAGGCCUCUUCCAACCAGCCUCUGUUGAGAAGUCUCCGUCACCAAGCCUGGUCUCUGGUCAAAUCCCCGCGCCAAUUCAUGCUGUCACUACCUUUUGGCAUCGUCUGGUCUCUUUAUGCUGGAACUUAUGGAGUCGCAAAUGUCGCAGAAACCAUCUCGGAAAGACUUACCCCAGAGCAUGUUGGCACCAUUGUCGGCGCAUCUGCCUUCCUCGUCAACGUCCCACUCGGUGUUUGGAAGGACGUCCGCUUUGCUCAAAUGUUCGCCCGCGUCCCAUCCCGCGUAGCCAACACAGCAGCAGCCGCAGCAACGGCAACAGUCCCCAUGCCCAAACUCCGUCCGUCGCGUUCGGCAACAACGGUCUGGCUCGUACGUGACGCGUUGACUUUAUUCGGAUCAUUCACCUUCGCGCCUCGGCUAGCGGCGGCUAUCCCGGACAACUUGGCAGUCCACCCUCAGACCAUCUCUCAGCUAUCCGUACCCGCUCUGACGCAGAUUGUUGCGACACCGCUGCAUCUGCUCGGCUUGGAUCUGACGACCAGACAGCAUCAUAUACCUUGGAUGCAGAGGAUCGCCGAUACUACCCGGUCUGGCCUGCUUUCUACCACUAUUGUGCGUUGCUUCCGUAUCUUGCCUGCCUUUGGCUUUGGCUGCAUUGGAAACACUGAGAUGCGCAAGGCUUUGCACAAGCAACAUGAGCAGUUCGAUUGA